GUCAGCUGCCGCCUGUUCCUCAGCCAACUUCCUUUUCUCUUCUUCCUCCCUUUCCUUUUCAUCGACCAUGUGUGUGUCCGAAAAUCUACCCAAUUUAUUUCGUAGUUUGAAAGCCUUAACCGAAUCUGAUCUUUUAUUAUAGUCAUCUGUUGACAUUUCAAAUUUUGGAACGGCGCUUGUAUCCUCAAAUUCUCCUACACGAGUACUUUUAUCUUCAACCUUUGAAAAUACACAAAAUACGAAUUUUUGAUGUCUCCAUACUCUUUUAUAUCAAAUAUAAUACAUGGUAUAUUUACAAUUAGAUAAUAUUAUGUAAUAAAAAGAGAAACGCACGUGCAAGAUCAUACCGUCAUCAAUAUGAAACGAACCCAGAAGUGCAUCAUUAUUAUCUAACGAACAAACUAUUUUUUCCUCUUUUGUUUUUACUACAAUGGUCAUUGUGUGCAUAGAGCCUCCCGUUAAUAAUUCCAUCUUUUGCUAAUUGAGAAUAAGCGGUUAUUGGAUAUUUAUUUAAGUAUUUAAGCGCGUUCGCUUACUUUCAAUUCUAACACAGUCAUUCCUCUGUCAAAUCUUCUUUCCGACAUAAAAGAAUUGAAAUUACUCGUAACAAAAACAUUUACAAAUUGUUUGCCUGAUUCUAUUAGAUUUAUAUCACUGGCUGUUGCCAUAUUUUCCCGUUAAAAUUGAUUUCAAAGAGGCUAAGUAGAUUAAGCAAGAAACGGAAGUUAAAGUAAUAAGUUUAUUUUCGUAUUUCAAAUUAUUUCUUUUAAAAAUAUUAUUUUAUACCAAUUGAAAUAAAUAGAGAUUGUUCCCUUAUUUAUUAUGAAAUACAUAAUAAUUUACGAAAGAAUUGUUUGAUAGUACCAUAGCAACGUAGUUACUAGGUUAUGAUGUGAAAAUGGAUCAAGAAGAGAAUAUAUACAAUUUGAUUCCUCGAGAAUAUAUCAGGCCUCCAAAGCCACCAAGAUAUACAUCUAAGUUUAAGAGUGAGGCUAAAGAUGAUAUUAUCGGCGGUAAACAAGCCCAAAAAACGAUGGGACCACCUAAAGAAGUCGUUAGGCAGCCAGCUGAAUUUCUAAAAAAGAAUGAGAAACAUCCUCCUCUACCUGAAAAAAAAGAAUUCAAGUAUCCCGACUCUGAUAAGAGAAAGCCGAAGAUUCCACCUACCGAUGAAAAGCCAGUUAUGGGAAUGAGAACGACUAAGAAUUUUAUAACUCAAAAUGCCGUCCAAAAUAUUAUGUCUGUUGCUAAAAGACCCGAAAAGAAUUAUGUUGAUACUAGGAAAGGAGAUGCUCAUGCCCUUCCCCCAUCGGGCUUAGAGCCUAAAUUCAUCAAUAGAAAGGAUUAUGGUGAAGUACCCGUCUAUCUACACAAAAGAAAAGAAGAUAUGGAAAGGGCUCAACAGGAAUACAACGCCUACGUUGCCGAACAUUUUCGAAGAGGAGCUAUGGAACAACUAUCAGACGAAAUUCGUCAACAUAUCAUCGAUGGCCUUAAAGCUAAUUGGGAAGAGAUUCAUCGCGAAUUUCAGGGCUUGUCCGUUAUGACUGAUACCAUACCGAAGAAAAGUAGAAAAGAGAGGAUGGAAGCAGAAAUGGCACAGUUAGAGAAAGAUAUUGAACUAAUGGAAAAACAUCCAGUAAUCUUUAUUGCUAAUUAA